CCCGAUUGCGGCUUCGCAACGUUCGACCACCUGGGCGAUAUGGCGAGCAUCCGCGAGGCGCGUCAGAGAUUCGCAUUAGUGAUGCCCACGACCAAGUGGAUUGGCGAGGUGGAGUGGCGUAUUGCAGACCGGCGAGAGCCGUUCACGGACACAUGCACAAUCACCAAGGUAAGGAACAAGCCACCGCACUUCACCUGA